GAAACUCGGUAAGAAAGUUAACGAAGGUAAAACAAAGGAAGUGUACGAGUUGCCAGAGAUCCCGGGAUGCGUCUUGAUGCAGUCGAAAGACCAAAUAACAGCAGGGAAUGCAGCCAGGAAGGACCGCAUGGAAGGGAAGGCUGCGAUUUCCAAUACAACGACUAGCUGUGUGUUUCAGCUGCUCCAAGAAGCAGGAAUCAAAACAGCUUUUGUCAGAAAACACAGUGACACAGCAUUCAUAGCAGCUCACUGCGAAAUGAUCCCAAUUGAAUGGGUGUGCAGAAGAAUUGCUACUGGCUCCUUCCUCAAAAGAAACCCUGGUGUCAAAGAAGGAUAUAAGUUUUAUCCACCCAAAAUUGAGAUGUUUUAUAAGGAUGAUGCCAAUAACGACCCACAGUGGUCUGAGGAACAGCUCAUAGAAGCCAAGUUCUGUUUUGCUGGACUUACUAUUGGACAGACGGAAGUGGAUAUUAUGGCACGUUCUACCCAAGCUAUUUUUGAGAUCCUAGAGAAGUCAUGGCAGCCCCAAAACUGCACCCUGGUAGACCUGAAGGUUGAAUUUGGUGUUAAUAUUCUAACAAAAGAAAUCGUUCUUGCCGAUGUUAUUGAUAAUGAUUCAUGGAGGCUGUGGCCAGCAGGAGACAGAAGCCAGCAAAAGGACAAACAGUCUUACCGGGACCUAAAGGAAGUUACUCCUGAAGCACUGCAGAUGGUUAAGAGAAACUUUGAAUGGGUUGCAGAAAGAGUGGAGCUGCUUCUGAAAACGAAGAGCCAAGGGAGAGUUGUGGUAUUGAUGGGAUCUCCUUCAGACCUUGGUCACUGUGAAAAAAUCAAAAAGGCCUGUACCACCUUCGGGAUCCCUUGUGAGUUAAGAGUGACCUCUGCACACAAAGGGCCAGAUGAAACUCUAAGGAUCAAAGCAGAAUAUGAAGGAGAUGGAGUCCCCACGGUGUUUGUUGCCGUCGCUGGCAGAAGCAAUGGCCUGGGGCCGGUGAUGGCUGGGAACACUGCUUACCCCGUGGUCAACUGCCCCCCGCUCUCAGCUGACUGGGGGGCCCAGGACGUGUGGUCUUCUCUGCGGCUACCCAGCGGUCUUGGCUGUGCUACUACUCUGUCACCUGAAGGAGCUGCUCAGUUUGCUGCCCAAAUAUUUGGGUUAAAUAACCACUUGGUAUGGGCAAAACUGCGAUCAAGCAUGUUAAAUACAUGGAUCUCCCUGAAGCAGGCAGACAAAAAACUGAGAGAGUGCACCCUGUAAGUCGAGCUAAUAAAUAACUUAUACAAGUUA